GUGGGGCCAGGGGGUGACACGUCGGACGGCGGCCCCGCCAGCGGGAGCGGCAGCCGGAGCCGCCCCCGGUCCCGUCCCAGCCAUGCGGCUGUCGCUGGUGCUGUCGGUGCUGCGGCCCGCCGGGCCCGUGGCCAUCGGCGUCUCGCUGGGCUUCACUCUCAGCCUGCUCAGCGUCACCUGGGUGGAGGAGCCCUGCGGGCCGCCGCCGCGCACCGCCGACUAUCCGCGCCCCGACGGUGGCCCCGCGCCGCCCCCCGGCCCCGGCCACACCAACGGCAACGCGGCGCGCAGGCCCAACGCCGUGCCCGCCGGGCUGAGCGCCGACAGCUGGGAGCCCCGCGUCGUGCCCUACCGCCCGCCCAGCCCCGGCAGGGCCGCCAAGAAGGCCGUCAGGACCAGGUAUAUCAGCACAGAGCUGGGGAUGCGGCAGCGGCUCUUCGUGGGUGUGCUGACCUCCAAGAGCACGCUGAACACGCUCGGGGUGGCUGUCAACCGCACACUGGCCCACCGCCUGGAGCGCCUGGUGUACUUUACUGGCACACGAGGCCGCAAGGUGCCCCAUGGCAUGACAGUGGUGACACAUAGUGACGAGCGGCCCAUCUGGAACAUGUACCAGACCAUCAGGUACCUUCUGGACCACUACGUAAAUGACUUCGACUGGUUCUUCCUGGUGCAGGAUGACACCUACACGGAGGCACAUCGCAUCAGCCACUUGGUCGCCCACCUCAGCAUCGACACCCACCUCUACCUGGGCCGCCCCGAGGAGUUCAUUGGUGGGGACACUGAGGGACGCUACUGCUAUGGGGGCUUCGGCUACCUGCUGUCCCGCAGCCUCCUCCUGCUCUUGCAACAGCAUCUGGAGAGCUGCCGCAAUGACAUCCUAAGCGCUAGGCCAGAUGAGUGGCUUGGCCGUUGCAUCAUUGACUACACAGCCAUCAACUGUGCCGAGGAGCACGAGGGCCUGCGUUACCACUAUUUUGAGCUGGGGAAGAAUGCAGACCCUGAGCGGGAGACCGACCUCCAUUUCCAGAGCGCCUUCACUGUCCACCCUGUGCUGGAUCCCCUCCAGAUGUACCGGCUGCACAAAUAUUUUGCUCAGGUGGAGCUUGAGAGGACAUACCAGGAGAUCCAGCAGCUCCAGCUGGAGAUCCAGAAUGCCAGCAGCCUGUCUGCUGAUGGGGACCACAUCGCCACGUGGCCUGUUGGCAUCCCACCCCCUUUCCAGCCCAAAACCCGCUUUGAGGUGCUGCGCUGGGACUACUUCACAGAGGAGCAGGUGUUUGCCUGUGUGGACGGCUCCCCCAAGUGCGAGCUGCACGGCGUAGAUCUGGCAGACGUGGCCGAUGUGGUGGCCACGGCCAUGGAUGAGCUGAACCGCAAGUACCAGCCGGUGCUCCAUGUCCGCAAGCAGCAGCUGGUGAAUGGGUACCGGCGCUUUGACCCCACGCGCGGCAUGGAGUACACGCUGGACCUCCAGGUGGAGGUCGUCACUCAGAAGGGGCACAGCCGCUCUGUCACCAAGCGUGUACACCUGGUGCGGCCCCUAAGCGAAGUGGAGAUCAUCCCCAUGCCCUAUGUGACGGAGGCCAGCCGCAUCAAUGUCAUCCUGCCGCUGACAGCCCAGGACCGGGACUAUGCUGCCCGCUUUCUGGAGACGUACGCAGCGGCCGCCUUUGAGAGCAGUGAGAAUGCAGUGCUCACCUUCCUCUUUAUCUAUGACCCCUUCGAGGCCCAGCGAGUCACUGAGAAUGACAUCUUUGCCCCUGUGAAGGCACAGAUCACAGAGUAUGAGCGCAAGUAUGCAGAGGUGAAGAUCCCAUGGAUCAGUGUUAAGACAGAUGCACCCUCCCAAAUCAAGGUCAUGGAUAUCAUCUCCAAGAAGCAUCCUGUGGACACGCUUUUCUUUGUGGCUGGUGUGGGGACAGAGGUCACUGUUGACUUCCUGAACCGCUGCCGGAUGAACACCAUCAACAACUGGCAGGUCUUCUUCCCUAUCCACUUCCAGGGCUACAACCCUGCCAUCGCUUACCACAACCAGGUACCGCCCACCACGCUGGACCUGCAGCGGGAGACAGGGCGCUUUGACCGUGAUGUCUUCCAUGAAGCCUGCUUCUACAACGCUGACUACAUGGCAGCACGCACCCGCAUGGCUGGUGAUGUGCAGGAGAACGAGGACAUCCUGGAGACCCUGGACAUUUAUGACAUGUUCAUCAAGUACUCCAACCUCCACGUCUUCCGGGCUGUGGAGCCUGCCCUGCUGCAGCACUACCGGCACCAGGCCUGCAACCCCCGGCUCAGCGAGGAGAUCUACCACCGCUGUGUGCAGAGCAGCUUGGAGGGCAUAGGUUCUCGAUCCCAGCUGGCAAUGGUGCUCUUCGAGCAGGAGCAGGGGAACAGCACCUGAGCCCCAUGGUGCAGAGGAACUGGCCCUGUCCUGCCAUGCCCACCAACCUCUUCUGCUGCUCAGAUCUGUCUUCCUCUUCCCAGUGGCUGCAGGGAUUGUUGGUGCCCAAGCUCAUGACUAGCCCCUCUGGGGCUGCCCAGGCCGGGGUCUGCCAGUCUGGGGUCCUUCUGGAGUGGCCAUGGCUGUGCAGACCCCGGGGUGAGGUGGGGUCAGCAUUGCUGAGCUGUGAGUUGUCAUGCCUGGCUUCUCACCCCAGAGCUGCUGUCCACCAGCCCCAUCCCUCUGUCCUGCCCCGGCUGCUCAGUGGGGUGGCGAUGGGCUGCCCUGUCCCUUGCUGUCCCCUGUCAACAGAGUCACACAGAGCCUAAGGCCCCCCUGCUGCAGGACCAUGACUGCUGUGGGGAUGGGGUGAUCCCUCACGGUUUCCCCAGUGUCCUCGGACAGGGCUGUGCCCUUUGCUUCCUAAGAGCAUCAGCCUCGUAGUGCAGGGAGGGACAUGUCUCUGCACCUGCCACAGGCUUGGACAGUGGGAUGGGGCACAUCCCACCCCAAAAGAGCAAUAAGGAGAUUGGUCUUAGGGUUUUGCCACUUGGCAACAAGCCAGAGCACUCCCAGCUGGUCAGGGUGGGGAGUACUUGGCACCCAGGGCCAGUGGGUGCAGGGGAUGCCAGAGGGGAUCCUGCUGUAUUCACGUACUGUGAGCUGCUCCCCAUGGGAACCAUGACCCAGGCCGUUUCGGCCUUCGCAAUAUCAAUAGGACGUCGGAGGUCGCAGCCCUCGGACAAGAGCUUCCCGACAGAGGUGGGAGCCCUCCCCACCAUGGGUCUGCCCUUUGGGUCGGGGAACUCAGUGCUCGGCGCUGGUGGGCACAGCAGAGCGUUUGGCUGCGCAUCUCCUAAGGAGAAAGCGACUGAGGAGCCACUGUCUCCUCCUGGUUUGUAUUUAAUAGUGGGGAGAGGAGGGGGGAGGGAUGCAUUUACACUAAUAAAACAGAGAGAUCAAC